CAUAUUGUAGUACACAAAGAAAAUAGCCAAAAUAAUGAAAUUAAAGAAGAAAAAUACUUGUUCUUGGCCAACAAGAAACUUUCAAACUUAUAAGAAAAAGAGGAAAUCAGAGGACUAAACCAUCAGUAAGAGAUAUUUCUUCUAACACAAAAAUGACAGAAGUGAAGUUGCUUGGUGUUGGUGGUAGUUCUUAUAGUCGUAGAGUUGAAUGGGCUUUGAAAGUUAAGGGAGUUAAAUAUGAAUUUGUAGAAGAAGAUCUACAGAACAAAAGCCCUUUGCUUCUUGAAUCUAAUCCUGUUCUCAAGAAAAUUCCAGUGCUAAUUCACAAUGGAAAGCCCAUUCGCGAGUCAAUGAUUAUUCUUGAAUAUAUUGAUGAGGCAUUUGAAGGCCCUUCCAUUCUGCCUAAAGAUCCUUACGAAAGGGCAAUUGCACGUUUUUGGGCUAAGUUCCUUGAUGGAAAGUGCUUGGAUGCAGUGAGGGAAGCUCUAUGGAGCAAAUUUGGAGGGGAACAAGAGAAGAUCAAACAAGAAGCAUAUGAGAUGCUGAAAAUUGUUGACAAUGAACUCAAGGGCAAGAAGUUUUUUGGGGGAAAUAAAAUUGGAUUUGUUGAUGUUGCUGCAAAUUACAUCCCAUUUUGGGUGGAAAUUGUUGAAGAAGCUAGUGGAAAUGUGUUGAUCACAAGUGAAAAGUUUCCCAAUUUGUGUGCUUGGAUGGAUGAGUACCUAAGUUGUAGUGAAGUUAAAGAAAAUCUCCCUGACAGAGAUUUUAUGCUUAGUUUUUUCAAAGCUAAAGCACUAGCUGAAAAUAUUAUUUCUUAAAUGAACAUUUUACGAUUGUGUGCGGGAUAAAAUUCUUCAUCAGAGGACCCUAGCUAGCUUAAUUUUCUCAAUUUAGGUGAUUUUUGUUUUUUGUGUAGUGGCAAGGCGACCUCAUGUCUUUUUUGUUUGUUUUAAAAAAAGUGGGUACAGAAGGUGAGACGUUUUAUGUAGUAAGGAUGAGACGUAAGCCUCAAGGCAUAGGGCAUAAGUCUUAUGGAUCUAUCGGAUAUAUAUCUAGUCUUAUGGAUCUAUCAGACGU